AUGACGAAGUACAAUGUUACAUUGAGAGUCUAUCCCCUUGGGGACGAAACACUCAAGAGGUUUGUUGCCUCAGCGUUGAAACGGGAGGAGGUCCAUAUCUGGCACACAUCCAUCGAGGUUUAUGGAAUAGAAUACUUCUUCCAGAAUGGAAUAGUGAAGGCGGUUCCGGGAUCUACUUCCCAUGGAACUCCUUUGAAGACCCAUGAUCUAGGAACCACAGAGAUUCCAGAGAUUGUGUUUGAAGACUUUCUUCUUUCUAUAACAGAGGAUUUUGCUCCUCACAAAUAUCAUCUACUUAGAAACAACUGCAACAACUUCACAAAUAUAGUGGCUUUGUAUCUGGUUGAGAAAAGCAUCCCGGAAUAUAUUCUUGAGCUCCAAAAUACUGCAUUGGAGUCUGAGGCUGUGUCGUCCCUGGUUGAUAUGUUUUUUGGAUCUCCCGGGAAGAUAUAA